CAAUGACAUACGAUCACAGUGUUCUUUGUAGAGGACUGAGGUUUCAAAGCUGAAACAAAGCCUCAGAUAUACACAUCUUGGUCUUAGAGGUACAUAUUUCAGAUUUAAAUCAUAUUUUUUAUUUUUCUUGAAUUGAGCUUUCUAUUGGCAAUGAAGAACAAACAAGUACUCAUUAUACCAAAAUAAAAACCUGGAACUUCUCUGCAGAAAAGUAUUUCCUGGUGCUUUUGCUAGGACUAGCAUCGGAGGAGCUCAGUCUGGCUAUAUAUUAUUACCAUGCUGCAUGUAGUCUUAGGGUUUUGAAACUGUGGUGUUGUUUUUUAUACAAGUGUGUCAAGAAGUUCCAAAAAAACCCCAAACCCCUCCUUUCAUACCUCCUUCUAGGUCCAAAGUUACUACUUUGUAACUUUGUAUUCAGGGGUAUAUAUAACUUAAUUCUAAAAUCCUCAGCUACAAUGUUGUGGUCAACUAUGUUCUCCUAUGUUACCUGCCUGCCGACUUGUGAAGUGAAAAUUGAAUUAGCACCUACAACCUUCAUAAAACCUAUCUUUAAAGAACUCUAAAAGAAUGUUAAGGCUGUUUUUCCAUGUAGGAAAUAAUGUUGACCUAAGUUAAGCUCUAAAGUGAACUUUCUUGUAAAUACUGCAACAAACACCAUAAUUAACAGUUACAUUAAUGUUCAGAGAUUUCUAUGCUCAUACUGAAAAAGAUCUGUACAGCAUCUGCUUUCCGACAUAUAAAUGAAAAAGAAAAGGGUAAAUUAAUUAACUACUGGAGAAAACUGACAACUGUCACAGUAUACGUCACUACAAAAGUGCUGAAGCAGCCUUCUCAUUGAACAAUGUUUUUUAUAAAAUGUAAUUAGUGUAAGGCUUUGCAGACUGCUGCACAGGUUUGUUUUGAUGCAGGCUCCCUUUUCCUCUCCUUCUGCUCGCACAACAUCACCUUUCAACCAAAACACUGGGAUGGCUGACAGCCACCACAGCCUAACCUAAAAGCUAAAACCGCCCACAAACAGCAAAACAAAAACCAGCAGGGACUAGCUUAUUUUCCUCAGCUGAACAAAUUGCAAAAAAACAGAACAGGCAGAGCACUGACAAGGUAGCGUGCUGGACUGUGAACAUCACUGCAGCUGUCAUGUGUCUUCCUAAAUCUGGGAUUAUUUUUUCACCCCAACCGCUCGCCCCGGUUUGUAUAACCGCUGGGCUGCUGUCAGCUUUUACCGACAGCUCCCUCCCCGCCCUCUCCGCCCAGCACCAUUGUACUGAUGAGAUGCGGCAAGGCGCAUGUGAAAAACCAAGGGAAAAAAAAAGAAAAAGAAAAAAGUAUCUUUUCUACUCUGCUAGAGCGGCAGUGGGGGAACAGCCCUAGCUCUUUAAGCUGCCCACCCUCGCCGGCAGGCCGCGGUGGCAGCUGGCGGCUAUUUAUACGCGGGCGGCGGCAGGCACCCGGUGUCUGUCUUGCGCGGGGCGGUCCCGGUGGCGGCGGCGGCGGCGCCUGGGCCCGGGCUGGCGGCUGCCAUGGCUUUCACCUCCACGCCGGUGAGCGGUAGCCGCUUGGUCCCCGCCGCCGUCUCGCCGAGCCCGACGCGGCUGAGCCGGCUGCAGGAGAAGGAGGAGCUGCAGCAGCUCAACGACCGCCUGGUUGCCUAUAUCGAGCGGGUACGGGCGCUGGAGGCCGACAAGUCGGCGCUGGAGCAGCGGCUGGCCGAGCUGCAGGCGAGGAGCGACCGGGAGCACAGCAGCCUGCGGCUGCGCUACGAGACGGAGCUGGCCGACGCCCGCCGGGCGCUGGAUGAAGUCGCCAUGGAGCGGGCCACGCUGCAGAUAGAGGUGGGCAAGCUCGGCGAGGAGCACCGGCAGCUGCACAGCAGGAAUUCAAAAAAAGAAGCUGACUUAGACCUGGCACAGUCUCGUCUGAGGGACCUCGAUGCUCAGCUGAACGCGAAGGAAGCUGAAUUAGCAACGGCUUUGAGUAACAGCCGAACUCUGGAGAAGGACCUUCGUGAAUUAAAAGAUGAAGUAGUCACUCUGACAGUGUCGCUGGAAGAUACCAAAAAGCAUCUCCACAGUGAAAUAUUGAGAAGGGUGGAUGUGGAAAAUCAUACAAAAACUUUGCAAGAAGAAAUGAUGUUCCAGAAGAACCUUCAUGAAGAUGAGCUCAAGGAGACCAAAAGAGCCCAUGAGAGCAGGAUAGCAGAAAUAGAAUCUUGCCAUCGGAGAGAAUUUGAGAGUAAGCUCUUGGAUGUUCUGCAGCAGCUCAGAAAACAACAGGAAGAAGAAAUGAAACUAUACAAAGAGGAGCUGGCACAAAUAUUCAGUGCAAAAAUGGGGAAUAUUGAGCUAUCUGUAUCAAAAAAGAAUGAGCUUGCCAAAGUUCUUCAGGAGGAGCUGAUGGAAACAAAGCUGAGAGCUGACACUCUGACAUCUCAAGUUAAUCAAUAUCAAAGCCAGAAUGCUGCUUUGGAGAGCAAAAUAAGGGACCUACAGGAGAAGCUGGAUUAUGACCGUGAUUUCCAUCGAAGGUGUAUGGCUGAAAAGGAGAAAGAAAUGACAGAAGCCCAGCAGAAGGCACGAGCACAGCUGGAAGAAUAUGAGCAUCUCCUGGAUGUGAAACUGGCUCUAGAUCUGGAAAUAAAUGCUUACAGAAAAAUGCUGGAAGGAGAGGAACAGAGGCUCAAGCUGUCGCCCAGUCCAUCUUCACACAGCGCUGCAGCUCAAGCAACAAGUCAAGGGCGACGGUUCCUGCAUGGGAAGAAAAGGAAAAUGAAAGAAGCCAAAAAGAGAGGGCAUAGUGCUGGAUUUAAGACUGUUCAGCAUGCUUCAUCUUCCGGAAACAUAUCUAUUGAAGAAAUCGAUGCAGAUGGGAAAUUUGUCAGGCUUAAAAACAACUCUGACAAGGAUCAGCCACUGCAUGGAUGGCUGUUAAGACGACAUCUUGGAAGUGUGUCAGAUGUUGCAUACAGUUUUCCCUCACGGUUCACUCUUCAGGCGGGCCAAGUAGUUACAAUCUGGGGUGCAGCUGCUGGUGUGAGCCCAGAUUCUAGUGAUCUGGUCUGGAAUUCCCAGAAGUCUUGGGGAACUGGGGACAGUAUUAGUGUCACACUCAUCACAGAUGAUGGUGAGGAACUUGCAGAGAGGACAAUCAUGUAUGUACCCAAAGAAGAAAGCAGUGAGCAAGAUGAUGAUUAUGAAGAAAUAACUGGAAGUGAAAUGGAGUCUCCAUCUCGGGUAAGCUGCCUGAAGUUACAUGCUAUCAACAGAGCCAUUCAAUGGUUGUUUCUUUUCAUUAUGGUACAAAAAUCUUCUCAAAGUACUAUCCAUAUUCUACAACUCUAACGUUUUUCUUGAUGUCAGACCAAAAGAAGAAGAAAAAAGAAAUGUUGUUUGGUUUCAUGAUAGUGGUUCCUGUGAGCAUCCUUAAGCAGGUGAGAUGAUGAGAAUCAUGCUUCUAUCUCAUAGAAAACUUGCUUCAUUAAUAGUGCUGCAGUCUUGUCCCAUGUAAGAUGUAGCUUGCAUGGCUUUGCAUCAGAAGUGGAAUUGAUGUUUUGCUUAUUCUCUGGUUGAAUAUGAUCAAACAGUAGCAUUACUGUUUGGUCUCUUACUACUGACACACUGAAAAAUGCUAGCUUUAAUGUCAGUUCCAUUUAAACAUCUGACUAUGAAUAACCUUAAAAGCUGUUACUCCACGAACAGAAUGCAAACACUAACAAGAAAUAAAUUGUUUCUGUGGGAUGAAGUGACUUACCUGUCACUCCGGUGUCCCUGACUUGCUCUUAAGAUAGCUUUCUUCAGUGCAAAUUUAAGUUAGUUUCCAUUCAAAAGUAUUAAAAAGCUGAAAUCAAAGUUUUCAGUGUACUGACUGCUUAAGUCCCCCCUGAAUUCAAGCAUGAGUUUGAAGCCUUCUGUUACAGCUUAAUUCCAGGAACUAGUUUUUCUUUUUCUUCUGUGCAAAAGAAGUAUCUCGGCCUUGCUUCAGUCAUAAAUACUCCAAUCAAUACUUUCCAAGUGGAAUUUCAGCACAGACGCAGGUCAUGCUAAUGGAAUUAACGUUAAACAGAAUGAGCAUGUUUUGCAUUCAAUAUACUUAUAACCCUUUGGCUACAACUUGCAUGUUCUGAGGCCCUGUGAAAGACUCUCUAGCCCCUCCAAAUGGUUUUUGACUGACCAUAUUGCAAGUCUGAGCUUUUGCAUAUUGGAUGCUCUUGGUAUACUUUGAUACACUAGUUAAUUGCGUUUCCUCAGGUGCUGAAGUAGUCUAAACAAAGGCUUUGAAUUGGUCAUAACUGAACAGCUGUGGGCUGUGCUCAACCCUCCGGACUGUUCUUGACUUGAAAUAGCACCGAGUCCCUGCUGCGCUAUAGUACCAACUCCAAGGCCCUAAGCAUUGCCUUGUGCUUCACUCUCUCCCCACUGCUGACGCAGCUCUUCCUAAAACCAAUCUGUUACAAGGAGGACUUGCAUCUUACUGCACCAGGGCUUAAAGGCACCACCAUUUCCUGCAUAUUUUCAUAAUAUACCUGUCUGAAAGCUAAAUUUAAAAUACCUUAGUAAUGUCCUACUGAAGAAAAUGUACCUAAGAGCAGGCAGUUACUGCCUACUGCUUGGUUCUUUUCCUUGUCCUUUCAAACAGAACAUCUGGGUAAAUAUCUAUGACUGUAAUGCCAGCUGGCUUAAAGGAUGUUUAUCAAAGUCUCCUGACAGACAUGCACAUUCUUGUAAUAUUUUCAGUCUUCUGCUGAAGGAGGGUGAGACCCCGUUAAACAGGCUAUUGAGAAAGGUGCUGGCUGUAAGGCUGUUCUGGCCGGUGGGCUCUUAAUGCGCAGCAUACACAAAAACAGCUGAAGUAACACCCGUGGAAGCUUUAGGCUUAUGCAGGACUUACUGAUACAAGCUGCUUUUCAUGUUCAGAGCAGGGCCUCUCCUCAACUUGUUAUUUUAAAGGUUCUUCAUUUGAAUUGAGUAAUAAUAUGGCUUAUUUGGCCGUCAACGAUGGAAAGCAAAAGUAACUUUUUUUUUUCCUUCUACCUCUAAUCUGUUUUAUCAGCAACUUUACAAUACUGUUCUAUGCCAUUUAUGGUAAGAAUCAAUUCUCAUACUCCCACUCAAAUGUUAACGUCAUUCCUGCCUGCUGUCCUGUUGGGCUCCUGUCAAACUUGUGUCGUUAGUACCUAUAUGCUUCUGCUGCUUUGAUAGCACUGAAAUAAUGGCAGCUUAGUGAGAAGCAGUUAACUUCUUGCAUGCAGUAACACAAUGCAAAGGAAGCAUGCUGUGCUUUAAAGGAAGACAGGGUUUCCCUGGCUUUUGCUUCUGCUUUCACUAUCCUAGCUAGGGUAGCACAAAUCUGCAUGCCGGUUAAGUUCUGACGCGCCAGAACUGAGGUACUGAGAGCUUGAUAGCCUUUCAUUAAGGAAGGCACAGGCUCAUGUAUUGCAUGGACUCAAAUUCUUAAAAUGUGGUAUUCUUUUUCCCCUACCCCCAAACUAUCCCGUAUAGUUAAGGUACUACCUCUCUUGAAAACCUGCUUUGCUUUACUAAGUAAAUCUACGAAACACUAAAACGCCCAUGUGCCUAUAUAAGGAUCAGGCAGGUAGCCAGGAAUAAAUACUAAGGUUUUGCAUUAAGACAUCAGGCUAAUUAACAUGUUUUAUUUCUGCAGCAAAAAGAAGAUCCUAGCUGUUCUGUCAUGUAAUGUGGACAAAGAGAUGAUCAUCUGAAAAUGCAUCUCGAUCCCAGGUGACAUAGACUAUGUGUUUUGGUAUCUUCUGCAAUAUCUGAAACUUUGACUUCACAUCUCCCAUCUGACCUCUUGAUAAGAAACCUUGUCAUAACGUGAUGAAAUUUCCUACCUUCUGAUACCGGACCCUGUCCUUGGAUUCACUGAUAUAAAGAGCAGUAGAAUACAAGCUCUAUGUGAAGUUACUUUAACACAAGGAUCUGGUUUCCAUGCCCUGCUGAAACAGAUGAGGGCACACAGUUUACAAAGCUGCUAAACAGAUGCACCACAAGGAUGCUAAAUACUUGAGAAAGUGGCGGCAGCCUCGUGCUCCCUGACAACAUUGUGCUAUGGUGUUUCUCCAAAGGGAACUUCUGUUUCAAGCCUGAGUAGGGAACUACAGGGGCCAGAUCACACCCUAGCUUGCACCUUGAGUAAGACUGAACUUGCCUGAAGUAAAAUGCUACCCUGAAGAGUGCUGAGUGUCUGGAAUGUUUCCUGCUCAGAUCCUGAUGCUGAAAUAGAUGAAACUGCUCUAGAUCCCUUAAUAAAGAACUUCUAGAGUGAAACACUUUACAAUUAAAAGCAAGUUGUAAAAAUAUUCUUGUCUGUUAUUACAUGUACUGUUUCUGUAUUCUAGCACCUGGAAGUUUACCAGUUUCAAUAUUGUAUAUUCCUAGAUAAAGUAUAUCACAGCAUAGCUGCGUCAACUUGGACAGAUGUAUCCUGUAAAUGUGAAAAAGCAUCUCAUUCCAACAGAGAAGGUACUGUAACUAGCAAUACUAGCACUGUUUGGUCCCAACAAGGCAGCUUUCUAAGGGGCUAGGAAAAAAAACCCACUUGCUGAAACAAAGAAAGAAAACUGGAGAGCACUAGCUGUAGUAAAAGGUGUAUCAAAAAUACCUGUUCUUAGAGUCCUUGUGUACUAAGUCCGUGCAGCCUGCAGCACUGCUUUGGGAAUGCCUACCAGGGCAGUGGGGAGAAUCCUGGCUGUUGGCCAGCGUGCGAUGUGCUGUAACUUUAAUAGCAGUGUAGUAAGCCUGACCCAUCGCCCUCCGGAACCAGGCAGUCAGCUUCUGGGGCCACUGCGUUCAGUUCUCUUUAGCCUCUUAUUACCGAAACGCUUACCUGCUGGCUCCGCAGUGGAGCAAGGCCUUGCUGAGCCACAUAAAGUACAUCUCUAGGAGCAUGAGGGGAGGGGAGCAGCUGAGAUUGCACGUUUCACCAAAUGCUGGAAUAGUUUUCUUGACUGCCUUUUACUUUGUCAAAGCGUUUGGUUCUGAGUGGAAGACCUGUUCUGUGCUAGGAUGCAGUUGCUAAGCUGAGGCUUUCCUUAUCCUAACUUGAACUGUUGAGUUAUUUUAAACGUCUAGUUUUGAGACAUCAAGAGUAGAUGCUGGUUAAUACUUGCAUUUGAGCUGUACCUUAUGGUCCACAUAGCAAUAGCUGCUGCUCUAACCUUGCUAUGUUUAUCUUGAUUACUUAAAACUUUUUUAACCAAUAAAGAUAUUUUUUAUGUAUAUAAAAGAAGUCUUGGACUUUUAUAUUUGCAGAUUAAAUAAUAGCUCUGUUUAUUCAUUAAUCUUAUUGGAGUGGCUCAAAAGACUUCAAUGCCAUAAAAUUGGUGAGUUUAGGGACGAUUCCCUGCACACUGAAGAAACCUGCAGAAAUACACUGUGCUGCCCUGUUCAUAUUUGUCACGCGGUUCUUCACGUAAAGCUGAACUGCUAUGAACUCUAUCUGAGAUGAAUCUUCAGCAUUUCGAAUCGCACCUUUUCAUAGCACAAGGGAAGGACAGUGCUAAGCAAUAACCGUGAAAGAUCUGACCUAGGGUGCAAGUUUUGAUAGGAAACGGCAGUGGUACAGGAUGUUGUUUGGUAAUGCCAGCAGUGGUUCAGGAAACAAGGACUACUUAAUUUACUUGACUACACAAGCUACAUCGUAGAGUUUUU